GCAUUUAUAUUUGUAGUACAGUAUUUAUUUAUAAAUGUAAUCGACGUGCAAUUAUCCAAAAAGCUCAACUAGGCUAGCUGGGAGAGGGUGAGUCACAGAAACAGUCACACUCUUGACACAGACCUGCAACCCCCAAAUUUCCAAAAAAGGCAAAAAAAUGCGAUUACACCAGCAACAACUACAGCCACAGACCCAACCUCAGCAUCACUAUCAGCAGCAACAGCUACAACAGCAACAGCAACAGCAACAGCAACCACCACCACCACCACCUCAGGCGGAGGACACAGCGGCUGCAACCACUAUCUCCAGUCCGCCACCAUCCGAGGAGGCGCCGCCGAAACAGGUGGCUCAAGCAAUGGACAGACUCAGCCACGCCGCGCGUCUCAUCGCGGAUAUCAGGCUCGGCGCCGAUCGACUCUUGGAAGCACUGUUCAUCGCCGCGCAGCCUCACCAGAGCAACAAGCCUCUCCACUUGUUCCUCAAAGAAGACUCCUCCAUGCGCCAACACCUCCAAGACCUCCGCUCCGUCGGAAAGCAGCUAGAGGAAUCUGGGGUUUUGAGUGAAUCGCUUCGGUCUCGAAGUAAUUCGUGGGGGCUGCACAUGCCGGUGGUCUGUCCUGACGGUGCCGUCGUUGCGUACGCCUGGAAACGCCAGCUCGCCGGCCAGGCCGGUGCAUCUGCGGUCGAUAGGACGAGGUUAGCUCUCAAGGCCUUCACUGAUCAGAAAAGACGAUUUUUUCCUCACCUUGAUGAUGGAUUACAUGAUCAGGAUGCCAAAUCAGCUUCAAAGAAACUUUGUGGUCCCCAAGUACCGAUGGAAAAUCAUCAAGAAGAGCUUAGCGGUUUUAAGACACUAUCAGAUGUUCUAAUGCAUUUGGAAAAAGAAGUGCCAAAUUUGAAAAUUUUCACUUAUGAGCGAUUGGACUGGUUGAAAAGAGCUUCUUUGCUGCCCUCUUCAACUAAUGAGGCUUCCAUGGAAACAUCUAAAGAACAUAAUUAUCACAGUUCAAAUAAACUAAGAGCAGGAUUGUUGAGUGCGGUUGCUGUAGAGAAGAUUGCUGUAAUUGAGUUGCUGUUUCCAUCUGUCUUCAGAGCAGUUGUAUCUCUGCAUCCAGCUGGUUCUAUUGACCCUGACUCAGUUGCUUUCUUCUCUCCGGAUGAGGGAGGCAACUACAUACAUUCUAGAGGUUUUUCAGUUUAUCAUGUAUUUAGACGCAUCACGGAGCAUGCUGCUAUGGCUCUGCAGUAUUUCCUUGGAAAUCAAGCUGAAACAGCUCUGCAUUCUCUUCUGCAUUGGAUCUGUAGUUAUCAAACUUUAUUUUCAAAAGUCUGCAGUAAGUGUGGACGGCUACUAUCAAUGGACAAAAAAUCGUCUUUACUGUUACCUCCUGUUCAUCGUCCUUACCGGCAGUUUUCUGCAUUGAAAAUUUCAUCCACCCAACUGAUUUCCUCAGCAAAGGACACCAGUUCUGAUCUUUCCCAGGCUUAUCAUGUUGGUUGCUUUUCAGAGGAAGCUUAGUCACAUAUAUUGACUCAGAUGUCUGUUCUCAGAGAAACUUCAGCUCUGUCCCUGAAAGUUGCAUGUGCGCUGCUGCAUAUAAAUCUUGUUUAUGGAGAAAGCUGUGCCCAAGGUGCAGAAGGCCGUGCAGUUUUCUAUCAAGUUGUCAAAUCCUAUAGACUGUAAAGUGUAAAGUGUAGCUGCUUACUUACUGUCCUGAGUUAGAUUUGAUAGCAACAAGUGUAAUUUAUCAGCAUCAGUUGGUCACAGAAGAGGGGUUCUGAGACUGAAUUCUUUCCAUAGACCAAUAUGAUGCACAUGCAUACACGUUCGUGGCUGCAUACACACAGAUCUUAUCGAUAUUCUUGUGAAAAUGUUUCAUUUUCUGUAGCUUUUCCUUGAAGAAAUUGAGGGUUGCAUUACUAGAUGUUAUUGUUUGAAAAUUUCCCUCUAGUUUAGAGUUAUCCAAUUUCAGAUGGUAGGUGUGGAUGAUGGUAGAGGAAGGAAAGGAUGUUCUAAACCACACGUCAUUAUGAAUUUAUGAUCAGUAUUCAUUGCACUCCUUAUCAAAAGUAGUUGUAAGACAAAAGUUUCUUUCUGUUUUCCCCAAGUGAUUUUGGUCAUCAUUGUGUAAGCUAAUUUAGCAAUUUCAAAUUUCAGAAUUUAUGUAUCACCACUUAUAUGGCCAAGUUAAGUUUUUUGAA